GCAGCACAGGCCGGUGUCACUUCAGCCGGGCACACUGAGAGGAGCGGAGCUCUAUUUUCUGUAAUUUAAGCUGAACUACACAGUAUUUAUUUAGCUUUAUCACCGAAUAUAAAAAUAACAGCACAGUCAGGCGUUUUACACUUUAUUAAAGUGUGAACCUGGUCAUGGCGUCGAGCGAUUAUCCCCAGACUGCCGGCCAUGGAGGCUAUAGUGGAUAUGGGAGUCAGUCCAGCCAGGGCUACAGUCAGCCCUCUGGUCAGAGCUACGGGCAGCAGGGCUAUGGAGGUUAUAACCAAAGCUCGGAGAGCAGCACUGCAUCAUAUGGCCAGGGAGGAUAUGGAUCCAGCUAUGGGCAAUCCCAGUCAGCCGGAUAUGGAUCACAGCCCCCGUCUCAGAGCCACGGACAGUCGAGUCAGUCCUACAGUUCGAGUGGCUAUAGCAGCAGUCAGCCCCCGCAGGGUGGAGGCUACAGCCAGCAGUCCUCCUAUUCAAGCUACAGCCAGCAACAAUCCACUCCACCUCCUGCUUCCAGCUAUGGCAGCAGCAGUCAGUCACCAAGUUAUGGAUCACAGCAGGGUGGAGGUGGUGGUAGUGGUGGAGGAGGAGGAGGCUAUGGAGGACAGAGUGGUUCUUAUAGUAGCAGUGGAGGGCAGGGAGGAGCAUAUGGAGGCAGUGGAGCACCAAGUGGGGGAUAUGGAGGAAGUGGAGGGCAACAGCAUUCCUCCCAGCAUGGAGGGGGGCCUUACAGUCAGCCCCCCAGCUACAGUUCACCUCCACCUCAAAGCUAUGGACAGCAGAGCCAGUAUGGACAGGCAGGAGGGUACAAUCAGGAUUCCCCACCCUUGAGUGGAAGUGGAGGAGGUUAUGGUGGUCCGGAUGGUGGGUACGGCCAUGACGGGCGAGGUGGACGAGGGCGUGGAGGUAGCGGUGGUUUUGGAGGACGUGGAUCUGGUGGAUUUGACCGAGGGGGUCGUGGAGGCCCCCGGGGCAGAGGAGGAAUGGGAAUGGGCGAUCGUGGAGGAUUCAGUAAGUUUGGUGGACCACGGGACCAUGGACCCGGUGGCCCCAACAUGCAGGAGCAGGAUAACUCUGAUAACAACACCAUAUUUGUGCAAGGCCUGGGAGACAACUAUACUGUGGACUCUGUUGCGGAUUUCUUUAAACAGAUCGGCAUCAUUAAGAUCAAUAAGAAGACUGGCUUGCCCAUGAUUAACCUGUACACAGACAGAGAGACGGGCAAGCUGAAAGGCGAGGCCACAGUUUCCUUCGAUGACCCUCCUUCAGCUAAAGCUGCCAUUGACUGGUUUGAUGGUAAAGAUUUUAAUGGGAAUCCCAUUAAGGUGUCCUUUGCCACUCGCCGGGCUGACUUUGGUCGUGGUGGUGGAGGCAUGAGAGGUGGCCGUGGACGAGGAGGGCCCAUGGGAAGAGGUGGAUUUGGUGGUGGCAGGGGUGGAGGUGGUGGCGGUGUUGGUGGUUUCCCUGGUAAUAAUAAUGGUGGUGGUGGCGGAGGAGGAGGAGGAGGAGGAGGCCAGCAAAGAGCUGGAGACUGGAAGUGUUCAAACCCGUCAUGUGGGAAUCUGAACUUCUCCUGGCGUAAUGAGUGUAACCAGUGUAAAGCACCCAAACCUGAGGGUGGGAGUGGAGGAAUGCCACCUAUGGGAGGGGGCUUUGGUGGAGACCGUGAGCGGGGCAGGGGUGGAUUUGAUCGUGGUGGGUUCCGAGGUCGAGGCGGUGACCGAGGGGGCUUCAGAGGAGGCAGAGGUGGUGACAGAGGAGGGUUCGGACCAGGAAAGAUGGACUCAAGAAAUGAACACAGGCAGGACCGCAGGGAAAGACCCUAUUGAAUUCCGAUGAGAACUCCAUAUUCUCCGCCCUAAUAACACUCCGUUCGACUUGGGACCAGCAUAGGCUCCAUCAACAUUGUUACACAUUUUAUAUAUUCUUAUGCUGUAAUAUCAGGAGCAUGAUUCCCAGAUGUGGAUUAAGUUUAGCCCUGGACCUAAAUGAAGAGAAGUCAAAUGGGACUAGGCUUAAUCUUCCAAGGAUCCUAUGUGUGUGAUUAGUUUGUGAAAGAUUGUAGUAUUCCCUUUUUGUUACCUUGUGCUGCUUCCUGAUAUUAAGUUAUGGUUUAUUUGUUUGUUAACUGAGUUAAGUUGGAUAUUUUUUUU